GACAUGGCUUUUGUCGUAUUUUCUACUUUUGCUCUUAUAUGCAUUACGCGAUUCUCUAGUUGUGCUAAUGUUUCAUUGGUCAAUUUGGAAAGCCAGGACCGAACAAACGAGACUGGCACAUCAAACAACAGUACUACCUUGUCUCCUGUAUUGACGACCACCCUCAUCCCAACCACCCCUCCAACAGAUGAAACUACAAUAGUCACCACUGUUAAAACAGAAACGGCAACUAUAGAAGUUUCCAAAAGGUCAAAUGCAAAAACUACUACUACUACUGCAACUACUCAAACAAAGAGCAAUACGUCUAAUACUGUACAUUUUACCACCGAAGACUUGGAUGAGAAAAUCGACAAAAACGUGGAAAAGAGAGUUUGGAACAAAGCGGAGGACAACGAGCCGCCUGAGUUAGAAUGCCCUCCUCUGGGUCUGAAGUCUCUGCGGGUGAAGGACACACAGCUGACUGCGUCGUCCUUCCAGCGUACAGGGCUGGGACCCCAUCGGGGCAGGCUCAACAUCCAGUCUGGUAUUGCGGACGGAGACAUCUACGACGGGGCCUGGUGUGCGCAGUAUGAGGAUAAGAACCAGUGGCUCCAGGUGGACGCGCGGAGGCUCACCCGCUUCACCGGGGUCGUUCUGCAGGGGCGCAUGUCCAUCUGGAGUUGGGACUUUGUGGAGACUUACAAGGUUCAGCUCAGCAACGACUCAAUCACAUGGAAGCCAUGUAUGAAUGGGACCGAGCAGGCGGUUUUUGAAGGAAAUGUGGACACCUAUACCCCAGUCUUGGCCGUUUUCCCAGAAUCAAUGGUGGCCCGCUACAUCCGCAUCAACCCUCAGACCUGGUAUGUCAAUGGCACCAUUUGCCUGAGGGCUGAGAUUCUGGGAUGUCCUAUUCCAGACCCAAACAACAUCUACAUGUGGCAGGAUGAGGAGGGCUCCAGGGACAAGCUGGACUUCAGACAUCACAACUACAAAGAAAUGAGAAAGCUCAUGAGGUCGGUCCACGAGGAGUGUCCUGACAUCACCCGCAUCUACAGCAUCGGGAAGAGCUACACGGGCCUCAAGCUCUACGUCAUGGAAAUCUCCGACAACCCGGGCAAACACGAGCUAGGUGAGCCGGAGUUUCGCUACGUGGCUGGCAUGCAUGGGAAUGAGGUUGUGGGCCGGGAGCUGCUGCUCAACUUCAUGCAGUACAUGUGUAAGCUGUACAAACAGGGAGACCAACGCAUCGUGAGGCUGGUCAAAGAGACACGCAUACACCUGCUGCCAUCUAUGAACCCAGACGGCUACGAAAUGGCUUACAAGAAGGGUUCCGAGUUAGCUGGCUGGGCACUGGGUCGCUAUAGCUACGAGGGCAUUGACAUGAACCACAACUUCGCUGACCUGAACUCUGUUAUGUGGAAAGCCCUGGAGCUCGAGACAGACAAGUCCAAACUCAUCAACCACUACUUCCCCAUCCCAGAGCAGUACACCUCCGAGGAAGCCUUCGUGGCUUCUGAAACCCGCGCGGUCAUCAACUGGAUGCAGAACAUCCCCUUUGUCCUGAGCGCCAACCUGCACGGGGGGGAGCUGGUGGUCACCUACCCGUUCGACAUGACCAAGGACUGGGCUCCCCGCGAGCAGACCCCCACGGCAGACGACAGCUUCUUCCGCUGGCUGGCCACGGUGUACGCCAGCACCAACCGUGUCAUGUCCGACCCGGACCGCCGCCCCUGUCACAACGAGGACUUCCUGCGCUUCAACAACAUCAUCAACGGGGCCGACUGGCACACAGUCCCAGGCAGCAUGAAUGAUUUCAGCUAUUUACAUACCAACUGCUUUGAGAUCACUGUGGAGUUGUCUUGUGACAAGUUUCCCCAUGCCAGCGAGCUUCCCAGGGAGUGGGAGAACAACAAAGAAUCUCUACUGGUCUACAUGGAGCAGAUACACAGAGGAAUCAAAGGUGUAAUAAGAGACAAAGACACCGAAGCUGGAAUACCUGAUGCAGUCAUCCAAGUAGAUGACAUUGAUCACCACAUCAGAUCAGCGCCCGAUGGAGAUUACUGGCGACUCUUGAACCCUGGCGAAUACGACGUCACCGUCACCGCUGAGGGUUACUACCCCUCCAAGCGCCAGUGCCGCGUGAUGUACGACCACUACCCCACCAUCUGCGACUUCCGCCUCACCAAGACCCCCAAGGAGCGGCUGCGUGAGAUCAUCGCCAAGGGUGGCAAGAUCCCCAAGGACUUGAUGCUGAGACUACGGCAGCUACGCCUGCGCAAACUCCGCACCACCACCAAAGCUCUCAACCGCCGACGGGAAUCCCAGCGCCGGGCUCGGCAGACCCGACACUAGGCAGCCCAAUAUAGUGACCUCUGGCCUAAGCUUCGGGCCAGUAACGGGACUAUCGUUUGAUCAUGGUGAACAGACGGGUUGCCAUUCAUGGCAACAGUGUGCUUUUAAAUGCAAAGGGGAGAUCAUUGUGUUUAGACUUACAUUUAGUCUUGUCCUCAGGGUUAGGCACAACAUAGGCCUAGUUUUACUUUUGACGUAGGCUAGUUUUCUUGGAACAGUGUGGGGUCUUAUUGCUGUGAUUGUCUAAUAGCCUACAAAAGUGUGUAGGCUAAUACCAACCAACAUCCUACCUAUGACCACAAACUUGUAGCUCAUGUUGCUGGCAAAUGGGGAAAAGAUAGCAAACUACAUAGCCUAACUCUAACAAACAGUCAGUCUGGUACUGACACUGUAUCUACAUUAAAAUGAAAUA